AUGAAAGAUUUUAGCACUGAUCUUAGUUUAGAAGACCUUAAGGCUUUCAUGGGCAGUCACGAUGCCAGAAUAGCUUUCAGGAAUAGCGACCCAAAGCUUUUAGCUUUCUUUUCUAAUGAAAUUGUUAUUCAAAAAUUGAUUCAAAUUGUCUUCACAGAGGAAAAUUCAUCAAUAUCAGAUUUCAAAGAUGCACUUUCAUUAAGGUGCACUCCUUUCUUCAAAAUCAUCAUUAAGAGUGAAACUUUCAGCCAAUUCUUUUAUCGUGCAAUUAAAGUUGUUUCCAUGUCUCCAGAAACAUGCACAGUGGACAGAUUAAAUAAGAUUAGAGGUGUUUUACCACGAAUUUUAGCUUUCCUCAGAAAUACAGAGUUACAGAAUUCUACUUUCUAUCAAUAUGCUUUGGAAAUGUUUGAUAUACUCGUUCACAAUUUCAACUCAACCAAUUUAUAUUUCUUAUAUGAUUUUCUUAAUUCUGGUAUUCCAAGCUUUACCUUGACAGAGGAAGACUUCGAAAGUAUCAUCUUCAAGGAUCAAAAGAUUAACUCUGCCGCAAUUCCAUUACUUUCUCUCUUAAAUUCCGGAAUCAAAUUACAAUUCAAUUUUUCAAACUACAUUCACGAUCAUUUUAUCUCAUUCCUUCUUUAUGCACUUUUAAGAGACACUCCUUUGUUUGAUUCCAUGAAGAUUUUAGAAAUUCUCUCAGCAGAAAUCGAAAAUUCCAGAAAAGAUAAAGUAGUUAAGGGUAUUGUUUGCCAGUUUUAUGAUAAUGCUCAUCCAUACAUCAAGUCCCAAAUCAUCAAGAGAUUCCAUAUCCUUCCAAUAGAUUUUGUUAAGGUUCUUUUUGACCCAGAAACAAAUAAUCACGUUGCAAAAUCUAUUUUAGACCUUAUGAUUUCAAAGAAUGUCCUUAGACAGAAUGUUGCUGACUUUGUUAAUGACAAGACUCUCCAAGACUUCCCAGAAACAUUCCCAUUCAUUGUCACAAUUUUCGAAAAAUUACCAGACCUCAGACCAAUGAAAUUCAAUGAAUAUCUUCAACAAUACAAUGGAAGAGUCAUUGUUCCAGAGCAGAAAAGACCAACACCAACACCAUUUCGCUUCAAUUGA